AUGACUCGGCUAGAGCUUGUUUACACAAGGCAAUUGAUUUUGCAAUAUACGGGCUUGUACAAGGGGCUCGUGCGAAGGUAUGAGGGGCCAUUUAAAGUUGUGAAGAGAGUAGGCAAGGUGGCCUACAAGCUUGAGUUGCCAGCAAAACUUAAAGUCCACCUAGUGUUCCAUGUAAGCAUGCUUAAGCCAUUUCAUGGGGACCAAGAAGAUCCGAAACGAGCACCAAUGGGGGUAAAGGUCUCUUACGACCGUAAAGUUGAAACCAUUGAGGUAGAUCGUGUGAUUAGACGAAUGUACCAUCGACCGCGGCAUGAAUACUUAGUUCGAUGGAAGGGGCUUCUUGAUAGCGAAGCAAGUUGGGAACCUGCUAAGGCAUUGUGGCAGUUUCAAGGAAAGAUUGACCAGUUAUAUGAGAAAGAUACGAUGGGGGCAUCGAUAGAACAAGUGGGGGAGAAUUUCAUUGGUUGUGCAUGGGAGCCAACAACCAUGACGAACUCGUACGACCCUUCGCAUUCAAGAGAGGUCAUUUGGCCCAAUUGGACUGGUCCAUUGCUUGGAGAAAUUAAAAGCCCAUCUUUGGAGCUUGGCAAAUAA